AUGUUAAAAACGGUUUUUGGAGAUUUGCAGUCUUCUAUCUCAGCUCUGCCUUCCGAAUCGCACUGCAGAUAUUUACUGCAUUCGGUUGUCGGGUAUUUUUUCCCACGGCGAUUCGGUGGAUCUCCACAUUUUUCUAAUAAAAUGAAAAAAAAACAAUAGUUUAAAUAAAUUGCCUACAUUGGCCUAUACUAGGAGUUACUACAGCAAAGGGAAAUGCUUCCGUAUGGCCAUGUCAGAACUUCUGGCCAGAAUUCGUAAUUUGUAUAUCACGGCUUCAAGCAUGAACAGUGAAUUAUAUAAAGCGACGUUGUUAAUCGCGAAAUUUGAGAAUAAAGUAGGUCGGUUUGCAACUUGCCUCAAUCUCUGGUUGCAUAACAAAGUCUGUCGAAGUAUUUAUUGUAAUGCUGGCCUGAUUUCAGUUACUGCCUAUUCUGCAUUUUCAAUCAAUUUGUACAGAGCUAGUUUUAAGACAUUUAUCUAUUGAUAUUAUCAGACUUGUUGCAAGGUUGUUCCAACAAGUCCGAUACAGUCAUGAUAUAACAAUAUUGUUACAACCUUGUAACAUUCUUGUUAUAUCAUGACUGUAUCAGACUAAUGUUAGAACAACCUUGUAACAUUCUUGUUAUAUCAUGACUGUAUCAGACUAAUGUUAGAACAACCUUGUAACAUUCUUGUUAUAUCAUGACUGUAUCAGACUUGUUAGAACAACCUUGUAACAUUCUUGUUAUAUCAUGACUGUAUCAGACUAAUGUUAGAACAACCUUGUAACAUUCGUGUUAUAUCAUGACUGUAUCAGACUUGUUAGAACAACCUUGUAACAUUCUUGUUAUAUCAUGACUGUAUCAGACUUGUUAGAACAACCUUGUAACAUUCGUGUUAUAUCAUGACUGUAUCCGACUUGUUAGAACAACCUUGUAACAUUCUUGUUAUAUCAUGGCUGUAUCAGACUUGUUAGAACAACCUUGUAACAUUCUUGUUAUAUCAUGACUGUAUCAGACUUGUUAGAACCUUGUAACAUUCUUGUUAUAUCAUGACUGUAUCAGACUUGUUAGAACAACCUUGUAACAAGUCUGAUGCCAUCAAGUUUGUUACAAGUUGUUAACAGCUUGUUCCAAACUUGUUACAACAACUGGGAACAAGCAGUGUGAACACAACUUGUCGACAGCUUGUGAACAGAUUUGUAACAAUUUGUUACCAAUCUGCAAACAAGUUGCAACAAGGUUGUUGUGAAGCCGAUAUCAGGAUGUGUUCGCACUGCUUGUUCCCAGUUGUUGUGACAAGUCUGGAACAAGUUGUUAUCACCUUGUUACAAGGUUGAUGACGGUAACAGACUUGCUACAAGUUGUUCCAACAAGACUAAUACAGGCUGUUCGUAACAAGUUGCCACGAGCUUGUUGUCAUCAACUUGUUAACAACUUGUUACGUGCAGACGAUAUCAGACUUGUUGGAACAACUUGUUGCAAGUCUGUUGGCCUCAUCAACCUUGUUACAAUAUGAUAACAACUUGUGUCAAACUUGACAAGGAUUUUGAAGACAAGCUCUGAAUAAUUCAUAAAUAGUCGCAUUAUUACGUUCAUGCAUGCUUGCUAUUUGUAUGGAAGAAAAAACAUUCUCAAAUUCAUUAAUAAUUCAUGAGUAAUUCAGCCAAUGAUAAUCACCUAUUUAAUCACAAGAUGCCAUUUGGAUACUUGAUGAAAGUCACUAGUGUUUUCAUCAAAUAUCUUAAUUACGCAUGCAAAAUUACUUGAAUAGAAUUCCUAAUUACGUUAUGCUUGGUUAAGAAUUCUAUUCAGAUCAGCAAACGAAAACAUUCUGUCACGUCUCGAUUCAUUUGAGAAGCCAUAUAAACAACUCGAGCUCGUGUCUCACCGGGAUAUCCAAACACUCGAAAACAAUGUAUGAAAACACUCGCGCUUCGCGCUCGUGUUCUCAUACAUUGUUUUCAAGUGUUUGGAUAUCCUGGUGAGACACGAGCUCUCGUUGUUCAUAUAUUACAUCUUGUGUUUCUUCAGACAUAUUCAAGAACAUCUUAAUAAUGAAGAAGAGUUCCCCAAAGAUGGACAGUUUGCAGAAGACAUACAAGCCAUAAAAAAUGGUGAUGACACGAAAGGUCUGUCUUAUAGCCUGGACCUCUAGGGAAAACAGUUUAAAGCUAUCCAGUAUAAAUAAAGUUUGUUUAGUUUAGGUUUCCUCCUGUAGUAAUAGUACUCACACUGGAUCAAUAAGAGAUGAUCCUUACUGGACCUCUAGGAAGAACAGUUUAGAACUGAUAGAGCUAUCCAGUAUAAAUAAAGUUUGUUUAGUUUAGGUUUCCUCCUGUAGUAAUAGUACUCACACUGGAUCAAUAAGAGAUGAUCCUUACUGGACCUCUAGGAAGAACAGUUUAGAACUGAUAGAGCUAUCCAGUAUAAAUAAAGUUAGUUUAGUUUAGGUUUCCUCCUGUAGUAAUAGUACUCACACUGGAUCAAUAAGAGAUGAUCCUUAUGGACCUCUAGGAAGAACAGUUUAGAACUGAUAGAGCUAUCCAGUAUAAAUAAAGUUAGUUUAGUUUAGGUUUCCUCCUGUAGUAACACUGGAUCAAUAAGAGAUGAUCCUUACUGGACCUCGAGGAAGAACAGUUUAGAACUGAUAGAGCUAUCCAGUAUAAAUAAAGUUAGUUUAGUUUAGGUUUCCUCCAGUAGUAACACUGGAUCAAUAAGAGAUGAUCCUUACUGGACCUCUAGGAAGAACAGUUUAGAACUGAUAGAGCUAUCCAGUAGAAAUAAAGUUAGUUUAGUUUAGGUUUCCCCCUGUAGUAACAGUACUAACACUGGAUCAAUAAGAGAUGAUCCUUACUGGACCUCUAGGAAGAACAGUUUAGAACUGAUAGAGCUACCCAGUAUAAAUAAAGUUAGUUUAGUUAGGUUUCCUCCUGUAGUAACACUGGAUCAAUAAGAGAUGAUGCUUACUAGACCUCUAGGGAGAACAGUUUAGAACCGAUAGGGCUAUCCAGUAUAAAUAAAGUUAGUUUAGUUUAGGUUUCCUCCUGUAGUAACACUGGAUCAAUAAGAGAUGAUGCUUACUGGACCUCUAGGGAGAACAGUUUAGAACCGAUAGGGCUAUCCAGUAUAAAUAAAGUUAGUUUAGUUUAGGUUUCCUCCUGUAGUAACACUGGAUCAAUAAGAGAUGAUGCUUACUGGACCUCUAGGGAGAACAGUUUAGAACCGAUAGGGCUAUCCAGUAUAAAUAAAGUUAGUUUAGUUUAGGUUUCCUCCUGUAGUAACACUGGAUCAAUAAGAGAUGAUCCUUACUGGACCUCUAGGAAGAACAGAGUAGAACUGAUAGAGCUAUCCAGUAUAAAUAAAGUUAGUUUAGUUCAGGUUUCCUCCUGGAGUAACACUGGAUCAAUAAGGAAUAACCCUUCCGGCUUCAAUAUACCAAUCUAAGCAACGGUAUCGCUUUCUAGGAAUAUUUUACUUCUUUGAACUCCACGACUUCGACAAGAACAAAAAGCUAGAUGGUCUGGAACUCUUUGUAGCCCUGACAGACCAUCACGACAAAAUAAACACGGAACAAGAUGACCGGGAGUUACUCGAAGAAGAAGUAGAGUCUCUUAUAGACAACUUACUAGAUGAACACGACCUCAAUAGCGACGGUUAUAUCGAUUUCACGGAACUAAUGAACACAGCACCCGACUCACUUUGGAACAAAUUGGGCAAAGUUUAAUUACCGUGUUCACGAAGCGUUAAAAGACAGCAGAUUCAACUUCAAAAUUGUCAACUUCAAAAAUAUUGACAUUUUGUAGAGCGAAGAUAUCAAGGGCUUGUUAACGGAUAUAAAAUUCUAUUUUUGUUCACGCUAGAUCCCGCCUUGCGCUAGAUGGAAUCUUGUUCAAGGGCAUAAAAUUUGCCAUACGAAAGCUCUAUCGCACCUGAUUGGGACGGACAUUUUUGGCCCAUUUUGACCUAUAGGUUUUUUCCUGUAGUAAGAUGGACCAAUAAGAGACGAUCCUUACCAGACCAUCUACAGUUUAGAACUGAUAGAGCUAUCCAGUAUAAAUAAUGUUAGUUUAGUUUAAACUGUAUACACAAAGCAUAUAUAAUUUGAAAUAUUUAAUUUUAGCACAAAAUUCACUCUAUACUUUUUCAUAAUUCAUAUAAAUACAAAUUUUAAUAACUCGUGCAAAUAGUCGCUUUAAAAAUACUAUAUAGAUUUAGGCAAUUCUUUUGCGUACAAAAAUUUACAGUUUCUAAACACUCUAUUAUUAUCAUUGGAAACACACAAACGAACACUUUGUAUUUGUAAAGGUCCGCCGUGGUUUGUGUCUGGACUACAUACGGAAAAACGCGCAAGUUCUGAUCUGCUAACAAGUUGUAGCAAGGUUGUUGUGAAGCCGAUAUCAGGAUGUGUUCGCACUGCUUGUUCCCAGUUGUUGUGACAAGUCUGGAACAAGUUGUUAUCACCUUGUUACAAGGUUGAUGGCGGUAACAGACUUGCUACAAGUUAUUCCAACAAGACUAAUACAGGCUGUUCGUAACAAGUUGCUACGAGCUUGUUGUCAUCAACUUGUUAACAACUUGUUACGUGCAGACGAUAUCAGACUUGUUGGAACAACUUGUUGCGAGUCUGUUGGCCUCGUCAACCUUGUUACAAGAUGAUAUGAAUGUCUUUUGUGCUAUUCCUUUUGUUUUAGAAUCUUUGUCAAAGCCAGUUACUUCGCGUAGCGGUAAAGCAUCUCAUGGCGAGCGAUUUUCAAUUUUGUAUUUUACCUUCUGAAGAUAAACAGGAAUUGGUAAGAAAAAUGUUUACCAUCGCGUGAUUUAGUUUAUUGAGGCCAACAGACUCGCAACAAGUUGUUCCAACAAGUCUGAUAUCGUCUGCACGUAACAAGUUGUUAACAAGUUGACGACAACAAGCUCGUAGCAACUUGUUACGAACAGCCUGUAUUAGUCUUGUUGGAACAACUUGUAGCAGAAGGUGAUAACAACUUGUUCCAGACUUGUCACAACAACUGGGAACAAGCAGUGCGAACACAUCCUGAUAUCGGCUUCACAACAACCUUGCUUACAAUUUGUUUGUAGAUCUCUAACAACUUGUGCGUCUUUAUACGAGGGUAGUUCAGACACAAACCGUAACACUUCGUAAUUGCAUAUUGAUGAAUUCUGCACGAUCAAGAAUGGUAAUGACGCGAGCUUCGAAUGACUAUGUCUAUUUUUCAAUAAUGGUAAAUAGCGCCGUUUGAAUCUAUAUAAAGGAAGAAUUAUCGAAGGUAGAAUAGUAAACAUUGUCUAUUCUUAAAGGACAUUGGCAAUAAAAAAAUUACUUUCUCUCAUUCAAAAGAUUACAUAUUAAACUAUAGUACCGAUUUGUCAUAUAUUGCUUAGUUCUCGAAAUAUUUAGACCGAAAUUAAUGGGUUGUCGUCAUCUUGGACUAAUUCUUGACCUCAUUAACUAUGGUUUUGAUGACGUCAGGAGUUGGGUUAACCAUAUAAAACUACUCUAAAAUGACCGUGUAACAAUCCAAAAUUGUUUGAAAUGUUUUUAAUCAUUUCUAAAUUUCAGACAGCAACCGGAAACGAAGUUUUGGACCCAUAUUGAUCGCUUACUCUCAAGAUAAAAAAUUAGCGUGACCCCUCUCUUGACGUAACAUGCAUAUCCUCAAUAAUCCAAGAUGGCGAACAGCUCACUUUUUUCAGUCGAAAUACUUUGAAAACUAAGCAAGAUAUAAACAAUCUGUAAUAGAGUUUAUUAUAUAGUUUUAAGAGUUCUUUCAAAUGAACUAAACUAUUUCUUCAUUGCCAAUGCCCUUUAAGGGAAACCUCAAUUUUCGUAGCGAGCGUUUGUGAAUUCAGAUUCUGAACUUCGUAUUGAAAUGACAUGUUCUACAUCGAAUUAAAUAGCAGAUGAACUACAAAAUGUAGCUGAGAAAAUGCAUAUCAAAGUAUUCAACUGUUCAAAUCAUUAUUUCUGAAUAUGCAAAAAGUUGCUUAAAGAACAAUUAGUUCCCGCACGAUUGAGUCGCUUUAAAUUAGAAAAUAUAAUCCCUUAUAAACUAUAUAUUGAUAAUAUGAAAACUUUUCGAAAUAUUUACGUUUGAAAUUCAAUUGAAAUAAUUUUUGCGCGAAAUACGGGCGCGUCACGCGCAUUGCUAAAGUUCUCAGCAUUUUUGUUGUUUCUCUAUAUUUUCCGCUUUAAAAGAGUAAUAUUGAAGCAUAAACUGGUCUAAUUGUUUUAAAAACAUGCCUAAGCCACGACAAAGUAUUCAAGGUAAAUGUUUUUCGUCUUUGUUUUGUAUUUUUUUUAACAUUUGUGGUUACGAAAUUUGGCGUCGCCAAUUUUAACGAAAUUUGCGAUGCAUUUUUCACUGUUCAGUACUUGAAAUAUUUGCUAAAAUUGACUGGGAAUACUUAGAGAUUUCAUCGUAGAAUGACGUAGUUAUAUUUAUUUGCUCUUUGACUAAAAUGUUUAUCUGUAUUAUUGCUAAACAUGCCGUUUUUGAGAAUUUGGUUUGCAACUAGGUUUGAACAUCCAACCACGCCAUCAGCCCAUUGAAAACAUUAGGUCACGUCAGCUAGUUUCCUAUCCAUUUAUUUUAUUUGGAGAGUUUUGCCCAGUGUUUAUCGAAAUAUCAAGGAUUUAAAACUGUGUGGGGAUUGUCAAAUGCCUCAUGUAACCGAACUAGAAAGUGAGAUUGGUCUUACUACAGGGUGUAACAAAAAACCUGCAAACCGUUUGAAAUACAAUGUUUUUAGAAUUUGCAUGAUUCAGAACUAAUUGAUCCCAAGCGUGCGUAAACACAAUAGUCGACCAUUCGCAGUCGAACUGAUAAUUAGCUUUCGCAUUACAACUACUUUGUGUUAUUCUAAUUUCUAUAACGCGGUUAAUUACAAUGUAUUUUCAAAUCCCAGGAGCAAAAUAAGUAGCACAGACAUUGAAAUGCUAGUAAGCAGCAGAAUUAUGCAAAUUAUAGUGUUUGCGGGUUUUUUGAUACACAAUGUAUAUUACUGUAUGUAGUGUACCCCGUGUUUGUAUCUUGAUAAAAGUUUUCGUUUUUCCUUCGUCUGCAAAAUAAACGAAUUUGAUUCAACAUUCAUUGUACUGGUCAAAAUCUGAGCGAAAUUGGUUGUUGAAACACAGGCCACAAUUUCAACUUUUGCGAAUAACGCGCGCAACGUGUCUCAUGACGUUAAAUGUAGCUUCACACAAAAGACACAAUAUGCUACUACAAAAAUGAUUUAAUGACAAUUCUAUUCUGGCUAUAAGGGCGCUUUCCAUUUAAUGGCCUGACCGGUCAGCCCGAAUUUUUAUCUCUGUAUCAAUGGAAAGAUCUGUUCUAUGUUUCUCAAAUAUCUAGCGAAAAUGGACCUCAUUCUAAUUUUAUCUAAAUUUUCCGGUCAGAUAGGUCGGAGACGUCCAAACGUUUUGUGUUUCAUUCAACAAUUUGACCAGAACGGCCCUAUGUGAAACGGAAAUGAUAAUUCAACAGUUCAAUACUUUGACAUGCAUAUAUUUAAUGUUUCCUCAGCGACAUGUUAUCAUUCAACUGCAAUUUAUACAGAUAUUCGGCCUCUUACUAAGUUAAUCUCGAAAAGAAAAUAUUUUUUUAUGAAUACAGACAUAUAAUUUACCAUAAUUCAUCCUUAAUUCGAAACGGCGCUGAAAAUGAUACCCAUGUAUUUUUGUCGAUGUAUUUAUUUUAUUAAAUAACGUCGGAAAUGUGUCGUUUUCCUUCGACAACUUUCCAUAACUGACCUUCCUCGCCGUCUUCGUCCUCGACGAGAUCUUCCCCAAAGACACCAUUUGUUUCUAAAUCAUUUUUCACCUCAUUUUCCCUCGAUAUCAAGAGAUGUUCUACAUUCGCCCAUAAUUCUGCAUCAUGUUUUGAUCCCUCGAAACCAUUAAUGUUCCCAUGCAAUGAAUCACCAGUAUCCCUCUGAGAACCAUUAAUAUCACUUGAAGUACCACCAAUAUCCCUUGAAGUACUAACAUGAUCCCUCAAGGUACCACCAGUGUCCCUUGAAGUAUCACUACAAGUAUCCCUCAAAGUGAUAUAUGUUUUCAUUGAAGAACCAUCAUUACCCCUCAAAGUACCAUUAAUGUUCCUUGAAGUACCAUCAAUAUCUCCAGGAGUACUGCGAGAAUCCCUUGAAGUACCAUACGUGUCCCUCGAAGUACAGUCAAUAUCCGUCGAAGUACUAUAAGUGUUCCCUAAAUUAUUUCGAAUAUCCCUCGAAGUACACCUCAGAAUAUGACCAGUGUCCUCAUCGCAUAUUUUCUGGCCUAUGUUCUUGUGGUCGACAUCAAUUCCGUGUUCUCUUAA